AAUCAGCAAUGUCAUCGCUUAUCGUGUCGAAUGAUCUGCACCUGAUGAUGCUGGAGAUUGCUGUGGAAAAUCUCUUUGUCCCGUGGGCAUCCGAGUUCGACAAGGUGAUCUUGAAGAAAACGUCCAUCGUGUUUCGCAUGCUGGACGAUGAAUGGACGUCGCUGUCGCCAAACCGGCGUGAUUACCGUUCUUAUCGCGGCUCCAGCGAGGAGAACGAGAAGUUUUACGGCGGUAGAUCCGUCGUCUUCUGCGUGUCAGCGAGCUUCUUCGAGGAAGAAGCCAGCGGCAUCGAUGUCCAACUCCACGUACGGAAGGAAGUGUGCAAGUAUUUCGAGAUGGAUUCGUGCCAGAGCGUGGGCUUCGUCAUUGUGCCGGUUAAUGAUCUUCUGAGUGGCAUCAGGAAGCAGAUGCGAGAGCGGAACGAAUUGGCGGAACACUUGUCAGACUUCUACAGGCGACAAAUUAUCUCGAGGUCCACGAUGGGAAUUCACACUUUGCUGGACGAAAACUUGCAAGACACCGCGGCCACAAUCUCGCUCUACAUUCGGAUCAGUUAUCUCGGCAAAAGUGUCAUAACGGAAAUCACACGUUUCGAAGAUACACGCGUAUCAUUUUACGCUCGCAGGCAGCCAGACGAGAAAUGGCCAUAUCACUUGCAACAGUUGACACUGAAGAACUUGCAAAGCGGCCAUUGGGACAGUUACUUGCCUCAUCUUCCUCGUGGUCGUUUAAUAUGUCGCUGCGAAGAACUCGUUGAAAAGGAGGCCGUCUAUCCAGCCGAUGAUCAGUCAAUGACACAAGUUACAGUCGAUCAAGUAAGAGCAUGGUCGGGUUAAUUUAUAAAAAAAUUUAUUAAAUAAAAUUUUUAAAUACAUAUAUGCAUUGUAUACUCGAUGAGAACAAGGAUGCAAUUAUGUCAAUAAUGCGUCCAGUCACCACUGGCGUCGAUAAUUGCCUGGCAUCUGCGAGGUAUGCUUUCGACCAAAUUGAUGGCGAUCCGACGAAUCUCGCAAGAUAACUGCUUCAAAGUGUACGUGCGUUUUCCACGAAGCUUCCGCUUAAUGCCCACACAUUUUCAAUGGGAUUUGCAUCGGACGAUUGCGACGGCCAAUUAUUUGGAUGUCCUUGCCGUUACAAUACGCCGUCAAUUUGGUCGAAAGCAUGCCUCGGAGAUGCCAGGCAAUUAUCGACGCCGGUGGUGACUGGACGCAUCAUUGACAUAAUUACAUUCUUCUUCUCGUCGAGUACAAUGCAUAUAUGUAUUUAAAAAUUUUAUUUGAUAAAUUUUUUUAUAAAUUAACUCGAUCACGCUCUUACUUGACCGACUAUACAUCAGUAACUCGUUUAACGUCUCGAUUAACAUCUCAGUUAACAACGAUAAGGAUACGCGAUAAUUUAAUCGUCGAUUAAUUUAGAGACACUAUAUAACAUCAAGGCGUUACCUUCGGAUUUUUUAUUUUAGAAAACGAGGGAAGGAAAUGUUUAAUUUUAAGCCGGGAAUGAAACUCUCUGUUGUGCUGACAGAUCAAACCGCAAAAUCCGAUUUAUUCUACCUCUCCGAUUUAUUCUACCUCAACAAUUAGAAUAGAGUUUUUUCUACAUGUGUAUACGCGAAACAAACGCAUGAUAGAAACAGAAUUCCGAUAUUUUUAGAAUAAAAAUUUUUUUUAAAUGUACGAUACGUUUCGUCCGUUUUUUUUUUUCCUUUAAUUCAUCGAGACUGAUGCAAAACGAACCGAUUGCUUAAACAAAUCUAGGUAAAUAUAACAAACGGUAGAAACAAGAGAAAAUUUUGCAAAUGAAUUUACGCAUUGACAACUGUUAAUAGCAACAAGAUAUAGCUGAACUCGAGAUAGCUGGUCGGUUUAAUGUAAUCGACAUGUCAACUAUUGCGGAUGUCAAAAACGGCAAUACAACGACAAUACACGGCGAUACAACAGUAAUACAUGGCGAUACAACAGCCGUUGAUAUAAUCGCAACAACCGGUGACGUUGAUAUGAUCGCAACAAAAAUAACUGCCGAAGGCAAGGCAGCUGCAGUGAUUGACGCUGAUGCAAUCACAACAUCUGAAAAUGCUGCAGCUCUAUUAAUGGCAAGCAAUGACAGGACGAUCGAUAAUGAUCAAAGAGACGUCGAAGGCAGCCCUUCUGCCAUUGCAGAAGCGGAUGCCGCUGCCAUUGCAAAAGCGGACGCCGCUGCCAUUGCAGAAGCGAAAGCGAAAGCGAUAAAGGACAAGGAAGCUCUAAGAAAAGCUGCGCUGAGCAAAUCGAAACGUGGGGGCAUGGCAACAAUUGGUAUCGCGGAAGGAAGGAAGAGAACCUAUACUCCAUCGCCUCUAUUCCCGCGUCUGCAAACGUAUCCUUUGUGCUGUCGAUUGGAACCCCAUCCAACUUGUUUCAACUACUGCCUCGACAUUUCACCUUGUUAUUGUUAUAGGAUGGCGUGUCCUCUUCAAUAUUUUCAAUACAAUUCUUUCUGUGUGUAACGAGUUCACGCGCAGUGUGACCUCUGUUAUUCGCAGCAAGUUCGAUCUGUUGAAUUGGCUCUCUCCUUCUCCGCGGCCCCCC